AUGCCGGUCCGCACGUGCGGCUGCAACCUCCCGGGAAGAGAAAUGCCCCCCAAGGCUUUGGCUGAGAGGUCCCGAGUGCAGAGAAUUACAUUAGGUGCAGUAUUCUCCGGAAGGGCGGUUCUGUUAUUGGUCUGCGCAAUUGUUUCCACGCUGGGAGUGCUCCUGUGUCCUUUUAGCAGAGCGACGGGGCUCGGUGAUUGCAGGGCCAAGUCGGCCGGAAAGCGGCGGGCGCGCUUGGCCCCUCCAGCGCGCUGCUGGCUCCUCAGCUUGGGCCACUUGGCAGAGGCUCGGCCGUCCUGCUGUGGCCAGCGUCAUCCCUUAGAAACAGCUGCUCCAGGGGGAAGCCCCAAACUGAAGCUGGGCUUGGCCCACCGAGGAGGCCGCGCUGUAAUCCGGCCUGACACUUGA